UUAGUGAACUCCUUAGUUUUAAAAGUGAGAAAUAAUCUCAGCUAUGGAGAAUAAGAAGAUUAAGCAUUAUGAUUCUGAAUUUGUUUCAAGUGGGUCGCUUCUAAAAUUUCAAAGUUGCAUUUCUUCUCAAACAACUACCAAUUCCAAGAAGAAACCCGGAGGAUGGAAGGCCAUGCCUUAUAUUUUAGGCAAUGAAACAUUUGAGAGGUUGGCAGUAUUUGGAUUGUUUGCUAACUUUAUGGUGUAUUUGACAAAAGAACUUCAUUUAGAUCAAGUUUAUGCUUCUAACAUUCUCUACAUAUGGUUUGGAAUUACAAACUUUGCUCCUUUAAUUGGUGCCUUCAUUUCUGAUGCUUAUGUUGGUCGUUUUUGGACUAUAGCGUUUAGUUCUUUCGCUACUCUUCUGGGGAUGAUUGUGGUGACAUUAACAUCUUGGUUACAAAAGUUGCACCCUCCACCUUGUGAUCCACAACAACUACUAAAGAAUGAAUGUGUCAAAGCAAACAAUUUUCAAAUGGGUGUAUUAUUUUUGGGACUUGGUUUCCUAACCAUAGGCUCUGCUGGUGUUAGACCAUGUAGUAUACCAUUUAGUGUUGACCAAUUUGAUUCAACAACAAAUGCAGGAAAGAAAAGUAUCAAUAGUUUCUUUAAUUGGUACUAUACAACAUUUACAUUGGUACUGUUGGUUACUCAAACAGUGAUGGUGUAUAUCCAAGAUUCAGUUAGUUGGAAGUUAGGUUUUGGAAUACCUGUUGUAUGCAUGUUCUGUUCCAUAAUCCUGUUCUUUAUUGGAACAAAGGUUUAUGUGCAUGCCAAGAUUGAAGGAAGUAUUUUUUCUGGAAUUUUCCUAGUUUUAGUGGCUGCUUAUAAAAAGAGAAAAGUCAAGCUUCCAAGUGAGGAUAAGUUAGAUGAAGUUUUGUAUGAUCCACCUUUGGUUGGAACUAGUAUUUCAUCAAAACUCCCUUUAACUCAUCAAUUCAGAGCCUUGAACAAAGCAGCUUUGAUAUUAGAGGGUGACCUAAAUUCAGAAGGUAUCAUAGUAAACAAGUGGAAACUAGCUAGCAUUCAACAAGUAGAAGAGGUUAAAUGUUUAGCAAGAAUUUUUCCAAUUUGGGCAACUGGGAUUCUCAGUUUGACAUCCAUAGCUCAACAAGGAACAUUCACAGUAUUACAAGCCUUAAAAAUGGACAGACACAUUGGACCAAAAUUCCAAAUCCCAGCAGGUUCAAUGUCAGUCAUAUCACUAAUCACCGUAGCAUUAUGCCUUCCAUUCUAUGACAGGUUUCUAGUUCCAACACUUAGAAAAAUAACCAACCAUGAAGGUGGAAUUACCUUACUUCAAAGAAUUGGAAUUGGAAUGGUUUUCUCUAUUCUUUCUAUGAUUGUUGCUGGCUUUGUUGAGAAAGUAAGAAGAGAUUCAUCAAAUUCUACUUUGUCAGUCAUGUGGUUAGCUCCUCAAUUGAUUCUUAUGGGACUUUGUGAGGCCUUUAAUGUAUUAGGACAAAUUGAGUUCUUUAAUAGGCAAUUUCCUGAUCAUAUGAGAAGUAUUGGUAAUUCAUUGUUCUCAUGUUCUUUUGGUAUGUCUAACUAUGUUAGUAGUAUCAUAGUCACCAUAAUUCAUCAUACUACAAAAACAAAUGAUCAUCCUGAUUGGUUGACAAAUGAUAUAAAUCAUGGUAGGAUAGAUUACUUUUAUUACCUUAUUGCUGUGAUAGGGACAUUGAACUUUGUUUAUUUUAUUCAUGUUGCUAGGAAAUAUCAGUAUAAGGGUAGUGUGAACUUCCAAGAUUGUAAACCUCUUCAUGAUGAGCUAGGAUCACACACAAUUUAAGAGAAAAAUAAUAUAUUUUACUUUAGUGGUGCUUAUAUGUU